AUUUGGAUAAUAAAAUAAUCAAUAUCCAAAACCAUUCUAUACAUAGAAACGGGCGAUCGACGGAGUGAAAGGUCGAGGUGAAUGCUCCGCCUUUCUCGGGCCGGCGUAUAUCUGCGAGCUCAGGGCCUUGCACGAUCUCUGCCUGAGAAACCGCUGUCCACUCUGCUGCCGGCUACAAAACGCCUCACGGCGAGGAUGGCCUGCGGCGGCGGAGACGAGCAGCGAUUCCGCGAUCCAGCUUCGAACCCCAGGGUCGUCCAACUUCGAGAAAUCAUGAAAUCCGAUGCAAAAGACGGUUGGAACAAAAGCUGGGAAGAGGGAGUGACCCCAUGGGAUUUAGGACAAACAACACCGGUAAUCCUUCAGCUUGUUCAAAGUGGAUCUCUUCCAAAGGGCAGGAUUCUUGUUCCUGGAUGUGGCAGUGGAUAUGAUGUGGUCGCUAUGGCUAGCGCUGAACGGUUUGUUGUAGGCUUGGAGAUAGCUUCAAGUGCUAUUAAGAAAGCAAAAGAGAGGUGUUCCUCUUUGCCUAAUGCAAAUCAGUUCACCUUUGUGGAAGCCGAUUUCUUUACUUGGCAGCCAAAGGAGAAGUUUGAUCUUAUCUUUGAUUAUACAUUCUUUUGUGCUAUUGACCCAAGCUUGAGGUCAGCAUGGGCUGAGAGAAUUCGAGAGCUUUUAAAACCUGAUGGGGAGCUUAUAACUCUGAUAUAUCUGAUCAGUGACCAGAAAGAAGGCCCACCGUAUAAUAACACAGUAGAUGACUAUGAGAAGGUGCUGAACCCUGUGGGUUUCAGCUGUGUCGCGAUCGAAGAUAAUGAGAUAGCAGUCGAGCGACGCAAGGGAAGUGAGAAGAUUGGCAGGUGGAAGCAGCAUGUGACCAAGUCUUUCUUAUGAACCAAGCCAUGGCUCCAAAGCGUUGACAUAGUUUAUAUCAGCUUAUCGAUUAAUGUCAUAUUUAGUAGACUGUAAUAUUGUAGCUUGAACAAUAUGCCAUAGAAUAAGGGAAUUUUUAUUGCCAAAGAGAAAUAUGAUUUAUAUCCCUUCCACAAAGAAGGAUUGUUAUUCGAUAUU